UAGAAGUGGGAUUUUCACUAAAACCCUAUUCUUCCCUAGACUCCAGUGACAGUUUAACGGUCAAAACCAGCUGCAUCGAGGCUUGUGUACUGUGCAGUCUUCAAAGGCACCACUCUUGUCCAUCUCGGUGAAAUUGAUGGUGGAGCAAAACGGAGUUUAGGUGGUUCCGGGCUGGGGAGGAGGCGUGCAGGGUUUCCGAAGCGAAAGUCGCACCUAACCGCUUCACUCUCGCUCUAGGCCCUCCGCAGGGACGCUGCUUCCACCUGCGAGCUUUUUCUGCAGACUGCAGGAAGCCGCCGCCGCCACGGAGGAGGGGGCGGAGGCAGAGGCGGAGGCGGCACCCAGGGGCCGGGGCAGGGGAGGCCGGGACCAUCGCAGUGACAAUUUCUUUCCCUGCAGCGGCGGCAGCAGGGACGGCUGCUGCAGGCUCGGGGUCGGCCGGCCUGCGCGUGGGUUUGCGAGGACGCUGUUCGUCCCCUGCGCUUGGGUGUCCGACAACGAGGAGGAGGAGGAGAGCGACGCACAGAGCCCGCGCGAGUGGAACCAGCAAAGCUCCACCGGUCGGCAGAGGAGAAGGGGGAGGAGGCACGGCCGAGGCCAGCGAGCGGGCGCCUCCUCGCCGGGUGCCGGUAUCACCCCGCUGCAGCGCCUUCCAGCAAAAGCCACCGCGGCCCGGGUUGCAGCGGCCAGACGGAUGCCAAGGCCACACGGCAGGAGCGGGGGCCGCAGUCGCCGUCCCACGCGGGCUGCGGACAUCGAGGGUUGCUGAUGAAGUGAUUGAGAAGAAACAGUGAACAUCCUCCUUUUACAUUUAAGACAACAUGGAUCAGCCUUUUACUGUGAAUUCUCUGAGAAAGUUAGCUGCUAUGCCUGACCAUACGGAUGUUUCCCUGAGCCCAGAAGAGCGAGUCCGUGCCCUAAGCAAGCUUGGUUGUAAUAUCACCAUCAGUGAAGACAUCACUCCACGACGCUACUUUAGGUCUGGAGUAGAGAUGGAGAGGAUGGCAUCUGUGUAUUUGGAAGAAGGAAAUUUGGAAAAUGCCUUUGUUCUUUAUAAUAAAUUUAUAACCUUGUUUGUAGAAAAGCUUCCUAACCAUCGAGAUUACCAGCAAUGUGCAGUACCUGAAAAGCAGGAUAUUAUGAAGAAACUGAAGGAGAUUGCAUUCCCAAGGACAGAUGAAUUGAAAAACGACCUUUUAAAGAAAUAUGACAUAGAAUACCAAGAAUAUUUGCAAAGCAAAAACAAAUAUAAAGCUGAAAUUCUCAAAAAACUGGAGCAUCAGAGAUUGAUAGAGGCAGAAAGGAAGCGGAUUGCUCAGAUGCGCCAGCAGCAGCUAGAAUCCGAGCAGUUUCUGUUUUUCGAAGAUCAACUCAAGAAGCAAGAAUUAGCCCGAGGUCAGAUGCGAAGUCAGGAAACCUCGGGGCUGUCAGAGCAGAUUGAUGGGAGUGCUUUGUCCUGCUUUUCCACACACAAGAACAAUUCCUUGCUGAAUGUAUUUGCAGAUCAACCUAAUAAAAGUGAUGCAACCAAUUAUGCUAGCCACUCGCCUCCUAUAAACAGGGCCUUAACACCAGCUGCUACUCUAAGUGCUGUUCAGAAUUUAGUGGUUGAAGGACUGCGAUGUGUAGUUUUGCCAAAAGAUCUUUGCCACAAAUUUCUGCAGCUGGCAGAAUCUAAUACAGUGAGAGGAAUAGAAACCUGUGGAAUACUCUGUGGAAAACUGACACAUAAUGAAUUUACUAUUACCCAUGUAAUUGUGCCAAAGCAGUCUGCGGGACCAGACUAUUGUGACAUGGAGAAUGUGGAGGAAUUAUUCAAUGUUCAGGAUCAACAUGAUCUCCUCACUCUAGGAUGGAUCCAUACACAUCCCACCCAAACUGCAUUCUUAUCCAGCGUUGAUCUUCACACUCACUGUUCCUAUCAACUCAUGUUGCCAGAGGCCAUUGCCAUUGUUUGCUCCCCAAAGCAUAAAGACACUGGCAUCUUCAGGCUCACCAAUGCUGGCAUGCUUGAGGUUUCUGCUUGUAAAAAAAAAGGCUUUCAUCCACACACCAAGGAGCCCCGGCUGUUCAGUAUUCAGAAAUUCCUUGUUGGGAUAAUUUCUGGCACUACUUUGGAGAUGGAGCCCCUGAAAACUGGCUGUGGACCAAAUGGAUUCCCACUCUUGGGGAUGUCUAGGUCAUCAUCACCAUCUGAACAGCUCUGAGAGAGACAAGAAGUGGAAUGUCCUAAUGGAGAAGGUGAUUAGUUAAUACCAGAGUUGCCAGGGGAACAAUUGUGAAAUCCUUUUAUAGAGUUCCUGAUGAAGCAAACUCUUGUUAGCCAUUAUCUUUACCUUUCCUUUCUAAAGAAAAACAUUGUUUCAUCUUGAUUAUCCAUUUCUCAAGUACUCAUGGAUGUGAGGCCAGGUACCCUGUCACCUUGGCUCUGUUUGGGAUGCAGUGUUGUGCUUUCCUGCACUCCCCACUUCCCCAAAUCAUCUUUAACAUAGACAAUUCCUUCUUCAGAUUCAAAGUGUUUAAGCUGAACUAACCUCAAAUGGCCCUCAUUACUUUACAGACAUUUGAAUAACCAUAUUCAUUUCUGCUAUUUGAACCAAAGCUUUUUCCAAAAAAAAUCAUCUAGCAAACUAGUUUUUGCCGGGCCAAAUAUUAACAGGUGUAUGUAUGCAUACAUAAAUAUUUGCCUCUAUGUUUUGUGGCGUUUUUGCUUUUUUUUUAAGACAGUCUUGCUCUGUUGCCAAGGUUGGAGUGCAGUGACACAAUCUCAGCUCACUGCAACCUCCACCUCCCAGGUUCAAGGAAUUCUCAUGCCUCAGCCUCCUGAGUAGGCAUGCACCACCACUCCCAGUUAAUUUUUGCAUUUUUAAUAGAGAUGGGGUUUCACCAUGUUGGUCAGGCUGGUCUCGAACUCCUGGCCUCAGGUGAUCCACCCACCUUGGCCUCUCAAAGUGCUGGGAUUACAGACAUGAGCCACCAUGCCCAGCCCCUGUUUUGUGUAUUUAUGUAAAAUACAUGCUGCCAGGGCUUUAAAUUCUUCUUGAAUUUUAAAACUAGAACUAAACUAGACAUUGAGAGGACCCAGAAAUACAGCCUGACUAAAGUGGGUGGUAUUUCAUUUGGCUUGACUCUUUGGUGGGAAAAAAAAAAUCAGGCUCAGGAGAUCUCAAUUUAAGAAACUGAUGGCAAAUAGAAAAAUGUUCUUGACAUUUUCCUCAAAAUAGAUGUCUAAAGAUUUUGCACUUUAAAUUGGUACUUUAUGUAUUAAAAGCGAUAUUGAAACUAAAUUUCUACCCAAUUAGUUGGAAAAUAUGAAAAAAGCAAUUGCCAUAGAAUGUAAUUUAUUAAAUGUUGGUGACCUUUUAAAAAACAAAUUCCUCUUGUAGCCAGUGAGAUCAGUUAUUUAUUUAUUUAUUUAUUUUAAUAGAGACAAGUUCUCACUAUGUUGCCCAGGCUGAUCUUGAAGUCCUGGCCUCAAGCUAUCCUUCCAUCUCAGCUUCCCAAAGUGUUCGGAUUAUAAGCAUGAGCCACCAUGCCUGGCCAGUUAAUGGUUAUUAAGUGAUAAAAACAUUUCUGUGAAUUCCACAAGAUGAUUGACUUUGGCAUAGUUCAUUUAAGACUCUGGUAAAAUAAAUCUCUUUCACUCUAAUUAGGAAGCAUUUUUGGGAACCUGAUAAAUGCUCUAAUGUUGUGGGGCUGAAAAAUAUGUGAAAUGUGGCCCUGCAGUUAGAUGAGCUGAGAUCACUAUAGUACUAUACAGCCCUCUAAAUCCUAGAUCACUGCAAUGCUAUACAGAUCAGCUACUUGCUGGCUUUGUGACUCUGGGCAAUUUACUUCACCUCUCAACAGGCAUCUUUAAAGUGAGGAAAAUAAUGUUAUUUUGGGAAUUAAAUUAGAUGAUGCAAAUUGUUUACUGUAAUUUCUAGCAUGUAGUUUGUGCUCCACGCAUUUAACUAUUAUUACAGGUUGUAUUAGUAUCACAUUAAAUUACCUACUGAAGUGAAAGUGAAACCAGAAUGCUGUCAUCGAUU